CGCUUGAGCCCACUCAGAGACAUGGAGCACCUCGACGCCCAAGCCGCAAUCCUCCAACCCUUCCGUACAGACUACCUCCCCGAACUCAACUCCAACGCCCCUCUCUUCCUCCCUGCCGACGCAAAACGCCAUUGGUACUUAGGCUACGUCUACCGCUGGCACAACUUCAAAGUCGCAGCAAUCGAGCAUCUCAAGCACACCAAAUGCAUCGAAGCCUUCCGCCAACUCCAAGGCUUCCAAGUCCACUUGCCACGUGCUACAUCCCCCUCUCCCCCCUCAUCCCCCGCUCCCGCAAGCCUAGAAUCCCACUUCACCCGUGAAGUCCUGCAGCCCGUUGAGAAGAUCUACAACACGCUACUUACCACGCAGGCCAUGCGGGAUAUCUGUGGCGAUGACAUGCCGCAGGGCAUCUGGCUUGAGAGGGGCACGCAGAACGAGGAGUUGGCUGCGAAAGGAAUCAAGCCGGCGUUUGUUGUUCGCUCGAAGGGUGCGAGUGGGAAGGAUGAAGUGAGGUUGCUGGGGCAUGCGGAGUAUCUGGGGGGAAGACCUGGGGCGUUGACGCGGGCGAUCAAGAAUGCGGGGAGGAAUACGUGGGGGAGUCUGCGAUGUGUGUUAGGCGAUGUAGCGCGCUGGAUGCUCGAGUACAACACGCAAUACGGGUUCCUGGUCAGCAGCGACGAGAUCAUGUUUCUUCGCUUUGCUAUUGUGUACAAGGGCAAGAAGAUGAAUGUAGCGGAACCGGGAGAACCGGAGCGGGUUGCGUUUGUGUAUACAAUGGUGGAGCCGCAUAUUAAUUACUCGGAUCCGAUUAAGCACAGCGAGGUGCUGGAUGAGAGUAAAGGCACUGUUACGGUUAGGUUGGCGUUGCUGUUUUUGCUGCAUACGACUGUGAUGCAGAGGUUUCAGAUGCCCGAGCAAAAGGGAAACGCUGCACAGUAUUUUCCGACGACAGAAGCUGGGAAGAAGUUUAGGUUGUAG